AUGUCUCAUACACCUCGCGAAUUAAGAACACCAACACCUUAUGAUUUUAGUUCUAACCAAAGUGAUGAUGAUGAUUCAGAAAUUGAUGAAUUAGCACCUCUUACCUCCACAAGAAAUGAUCCCAAGUCAAAUUUUUCAUGGGCAACAUUUAGAACUAGACUCAGAUAUUAUGUACCAGUAUUUAGUUGGAUGCCAAGCUAUUCAUUGAAUACUUUUUGGGGUGAUUUUUUUGCAAGCUUGACUGUUACAGCAAUUUUACUACCUUCAUGUUUAUCAUUUUCUGUGUUGGCGAAAUUGCCUCCAGUACAUGGGCUAUAUAGUAUUGUGAUUCCAGGAGUCAUCUACUCAUUUCUUGGUACUUCAAGACAAUUGGUUAUCGGACCAGAAGCUCUAGUGGCAAUGCUUGUGGGGUCGUCAGUAGCACAACAACAAAAGUAUUUAGGCAAAGUAGAUGAUGAAAGUGUUGCAAUAAUGAUAGCAUCAUUGAUAACAUUUUUUGUUGGAAUUCUGACAUUUAUUCUUGGAAUUGUUAGAUUGGGAUUUAUAGAUUCGGUGUUAUCACGUGCUCUUUUGAGAGGUUUUAUUUCAGCAGUGGCAAUAGUAAUUAUUAUUGAACAAUGCUUAGUGAUGUUGAGAUUAACUGACUUAAAUCAUCAUGAAGGGAAAGGAUUGGGACAUGCAUCUUCAACUUUAGACAAACUCAUUUAUAUCAUAAAUAAUAUUGAACAAUCGCAUAUACCAACAGCCAUUAUAUCAUUUUCUAGUCUUUUAUUCUUAUUGGUUUUUGGUUCAAUCAAAGGAUAUUUGUCAAAACGAUUUUCAUGGGUACAAUUCAUACCUGAAAUAUUUAUAUGUGAAAAUAAAGAUUUAGAUGAAGAAAAUGUUGAUUUCAAUCUAGAGAACAUUGAAAAACUCUGGUCACCACUUUCUUCGCUUCAUUUUACUGCUAAAUUGUCAUUUAUUGGAGGAAUUAAAUAUAUACGAGAUUUUUUAAGUAUUAUAUAA